AGAGCUGUGUAACCAGAAACCACUAAAUACAAACAAAAUAGCUGUACGCUGUAAAAGUGCUGAGACAGACACCCUGUAAGUAAGGACACAGGCUAAGCGGGCUGGCAUCAAUUCAUUCUAUGUUAACAUGAAACGCACCGUCCCAUAUAUACAAACAUGGUCGCACCGUCCCUGUGUAAGGGCGCGCAGCCUGAAUAUGCACCACUAUCGCUCCGUUUUCCACAUCCACACGCGUUUACAUCAACUAAAUGGGUGACCCCAAUGGGGUACAUCCUAUUACCCGCCCUCACACACUUCCAUGACACUCCUCCGGGUGUCUCUCCUACACACACACCCGCCCCUCACAUCCUCAAACCCCCCUACGGGCGCGGCCCCUUUAAGACAGUCUCAGCCCUCGGGCGUCGUCACGUGAUCAUUCCUUUGUCCGGACAUUCGGGUGGCGGAAACAUCACAGGGUGAAGAAAAUUCGGGUGUAGCGUCCAAAACGUUGUCUCACCCUGGAAAAGGCAGGAUCCCAGGUGAGUAGCUUGGGGGAAGUGUACGGUAAGGUUACAGCAACUAUGAGGUGACCCGGGGGGUCGCUAGUUGUGGUCCGGAGAAAUUACAAGGGCAGAUACAGGGGGCUUGGUAAGGUUAUCCAGGCCGAAUACAAUAUCACGGCCCUCAGGUAAAGAAUUGUUAACCGGACGAAAGGGCCGCGCUCGACACACUUAACUGCUCCGCAUGUUGGUUAUACAUCUGUUUUGCGAGGAAAAUUGUACGGCGUAUCCCCCGGUAAUGUGGGAAGUCUAAUGGACAGCGACGGCAGCCAAUUAGACACCACCGUUGCCAGGGUUCCCUCCUUUCGAUGAGUGGCAUUUAGUGGAUCCAAUCACAGAACGUCUAUAUGGUAAAUCCCUUUACCGGCGACAAGAGUAGCCAAUCAGAAAGCAUUUUCCACAGGAUGGAAUUCUCUUCCCACCACAUCCGUCUUCUGCAGCAGUUGGAUGAACAGCGGCGGAGGGAUCUUUUUUGUGACUGUCACAUUAUAGUAGAGGGGCAGAUGUUUAAAGCACAUCGUAAUGUGCUGUUUGCUAGCAGUGGUUACUUCAAAAUGCUUCUGUCCCAAAGCUGCAGGGACAUGGGUGAGCCAAUCACAGCCACCUUUGAUGUGUUUUCUGCUGAUACCUUUACAGCCAUUCUCGACUUUGUUUACUCAGGCAAAUUGCCACUUUCUGGACAAAAUGUUAUUGAGGUUAUGUCUGCAGCCAGCUAUCUUCAAAUGACAGAUGUUAUUGGUGUUUGCAAGAUGUUUAUCAAAUCCUCAUUAGACAUAAACGAGAAGGAUAGAGAUGGUUUCUUCAGCCUUUCAGACAAGGACACUGACAGUAAUGGUUCUGGGCUUUAUGCUGCAGGUUGGAGGACAGAGAGCAGCCCAACACAUACACACAAGACCACCGAGCAUGGCAGCUUUAUUGCUGGUUAUAAUUACCCCCCUCCAAUUUCCUCCCGGUUGCAGCACCCUUUCUCAAAGUCCCCACGAAAACCUGAGCUUGUUCGUAAGCAUCGUAGGCGCCUACUGCCAGAAGCUCUGACACCAGCGCUCAGUCAUAUUCCACUGGGUGACUUGGUGGGAGGCUCAACAGAGUGUAUGCUGCACGAUGAGGAGACAGUUGAGAGUGUGUCACAGGAAGAGGAAAGAACCCAAACACAAGUGUCCAUAAUAAGUAUUAAAGUUGAGGAUUUAGAUGCUACAUCUAACAGCUGGCCUGAAUCUCCUCCGCAAGAGUCUCUGGAUCAGGGUUCAGCUCUUCAUAUAACCAAGGCAGAAGAGCUGUACAAAGCAAUGCCUACCAUCUUAGGAGGAGUAUCUGGAUGGGGUGAAGAUGAACUAAGCUCUGGGAGGUUUAAAUGCCCUUUCUGCACCCAUACCGUGAAACGCAAAGCAGAUCUAAAACGUCACUUGCGCUGCCACACAGGAGAGCGACCAUACCCUUGUGAAGCCUGUGGCAAGAGGUUCACCCGAUUAGAGCACUUGCGUAAUCACUUUCAGACAAUACACGAGGCUGGUAAACUAAUCUGUCGGAGGUGCAAACUUCCUGUAACCAAAGUAACUGGUCGUGUUAUUCAGGAUGGGACAAGGAGGUACCGCCUUUGCCAAGCAUGUCUGGCAGAAGCUGGUUUGGAUAACGUCAACUUUGACUAUGGAGAAGACCACCCAUUGGUGUUGCCACCUGAAAAUGAGAGGGAACAUUGCUGGAAUUUUAAAGAAGAAGGAAGGCAAGAAAAUGGGAGUGAAGCUGCAGAGUCAGACCUAGUUAUUCAGGAAGUGGUAGACAGUGAAGAGGAUGAGUUGAAGCAAAAACAAGACUAAAGUGGUUUUGGAUGGCAAAAGCUAAAUUAAAUAUAUAAAUUAUUUGUAGAUUUCAAGACCUUUCCCAUCACAUAAGAAGGAGCAUACAUACCUAGCAUUUCACCACAUCGCCAGCUAUUAAUUUGUUUUCAUAUAUUUGUGGAUGCAGCACUCAGACAUGUACACUCUUACCUACAAUAACUUAAGAAAAAUAAUCUUCCUAAUUACACUUCCUGGUCUAAUGA